UCCAAAAGCAAUUCCGAGAGCUGUCGUUGCUAUCGCGGCCCCUUUCUCCCUCAACCACUCCUCUUUCUCGUUAUUCUGUAUAGUAUAGUUGGUAGGAGGCGACUCUACCAUCUGGAGAUAUUUUCGAGAUGGCAGCGUCCGUGAAAUCCCCAUAAGAUAAGAUCUUGAUUCUCCGAAAACCCUGAAAGCUUGAUAUCUUUAUGAAAUGACCAUAUUUAACAAAUGGAGUUGUUCGUGGUCUCUGACUGCUACAAUCGUGUCCCUUGUUCUGCUAUUCUCCAUUGUCCAUAUCUUCUUCUUUCCUUUUGUCCCAUCUUCCCUCGAUUACAUCGGCUUUCGACAGAUUCAGAGCCAGUGUACGCCGAACAAUACGUCCAUUAUGGGGAAAUUGAACGCAACGUUUGAUUCGAUUUCAGUCGAUCGAUUUAUGGUAGACGCUCACGGAGCAGUGACCUACCGCAACGCCCCGUGGAAAGCUGCUAUCGGGAAAUGGCUCUUAGGCUGCGAUCCGGUUACAGAAGCGAUCGAGAUUAACGAGAACAUAAGGGGCAAAAGUUGCACGAAUGGCUGCAGUGGUCAAGGCGUUUGUAACCAGCACUUGGGAAGAUGCAGAUGCUUCCACGGAUUUGGGGGGGACGGGUGCUCUGAGAGGUUGCAUUUUGGCUGCAAUUAUGAAUCUUCUUCCGAGCUACCUUUUGGACGAUGGGUUGUUUCCAUAUGUCCUGCUCAUUGUGAUACAACAAGGGCAAUGUGUUUUUGUGGAGCAGGAACCAGAUAUCCAAAUCGCCCUGUUGCAGAAGCUUGUGGAUUUCAAUUCAACACAUAUGAGGAACAUGGCCUACCGAAGGUGAUCAACUGGUCAAGGCCUGAUUUUGAGAAUAUAUUUACAAAUGAUAGCACCAGGCAUGGUUGGUGCAAUGUUGUGCCUGAGGAUGCAUAUGCUUCUAGAGUCAAAUUCAAGCAAGAGUGUGAUUGUAAAUAUGACUGCACAGUGGGAAGGUUUUGUGAGAUACCAACAACCUGUAGCUGCAUUAACCAGUGUUCAGGGCAUGGACAUUGUCGGGGUGGUUUCUGCGAGUGUCAUGGUGGCUGGUAUGGAAUUGACUGUAGUACCCCAUCUGUUUCAUCAGCUAUGCAGAAUUGGCCUCUAUGGCUUCGGCCAGCUACUGUUCUUGUGCCUGAUAGGGAACAUCUAGACGUAAAUGUUAAGGCUAUGGUGAAGAAGAAAAGGCCACUUAUUUAUGUCUAUGACUUACCACCAGAAUAUAAUAGUCAUCUCCUUGAGGGUCGUCAUUUCAAGUUCCAGUGCAUGAACAGAAUCUAUGAUGGAAAAAAUGGUACUAUAUGGACAGAACAAUUGUAUGGUUCCCAGGUUGCACUAUUGGAAAGCAUCUUGGCAAGCCCUUAUCGAACACAAAAUGGAGACGAGGCAGACUUUUUUUAUGUUCCUGUGCUGGAUGCAUGUUUAAUUACCCGUGCUGAUGAUUCUCCUCACUUGAGUAUGGAGGAACAUAGACGGCUGAGGAGUUCAUUCACUCUUGACUUCUACAAGAAGGCAUAUGAACAUAUCGUAGAUCAGUAUCCUUAUUGGAACCGUUCAUCGGGGAGAGAUCAUAUAUGGUCUUUUUCAUGGGAUGAAGGUGCCUGCUAUGCUCCUAAAGAGAUAUGGAACAGCAUGAUGUUGGUGCACUGGGGGAACACAAACACAAGGCACAAUCGCUCAACAACAGCAUAUUGGGCUGACAACUGGGAUGAAAUUCCUAAAGAGGAAAGAGGUGAUCACCCAUGUUUUGACCCAGAUAAGGAUAUCGUUAUCCCUGCAUGGAAAAGGCCUGAUCCAGAUUCCCUACAUUCAAAAUUAUGGGCCAGAUCUCUCUUCGAGCGCCAGACACUCUUUUAUUUUAAUGGAAACCUGGGACCUGACUAUCAUAAUGGAAGACCUGAAGCUUCAUAUAGUAUGGGUAUUAGGCAGAAAGUUGCUGCUGAAUUUGGUUCAACUCCUAACAAGAAAGGAGAACUUGGAAGGCAGUACAGCCCUGAUGUAAUAGUUACACCAGAACGCACUGAUAGCUACCCUGAGCAAUUGUCCCGUUCUACUUUCUGCGGUGUAUUUCCUGGAGAUGGUUGGAGUGGUCGCAUGGAAGACAGUAUAUUGCAUGGCUGUAUUCCUGUAGUCAUUCAGGAUGGGAUCUUUCUCCCAUAUGAGAAUGUGCUUAACUAUGAGAGUUUUGCUGUUCGCAUUCCUGAGGAUGAGAUCCCAAAUUUGAUUAAAAUUCUUCAGGCUAUUAAUAAGGCGGAGGUAGAAGUCAAGUUACAAAACGUGCACAAACUGUGGCAAAGAUUUUUGUAUCGUGAUUCUGUUUUGCUUGAAGCUGAAAGACAGAAGUUGGGAGGUCACUUGAGUAGCUGGGCAGUGGAGUUCUCAAAACUGGUUGAGGAUGACGCGUUUUCUACAUUCAUACAGGUGUUGCACUACAAGUUGCAUAAUGAUCCAUGGCGGGAACAUCUUGAUGUUCAAGGAAAAGGCUAUGGGUUGCCAAGGGGAUGCUUGAGAAGAAUCAACUGACUCUGGUUGUAUGAACAAUUUUCUUGUUAAAAGAUGCAGGUGUGGUUUCAGUUGGUGAACGGGGCUAAGUGUUCUGCUGAAGCUGGUGGCUUGGUGAAUGAUGAAGUGUGAAACAAUGUAUCGCAGCUUCAACUUGAUCUGUUCUCUUCAACUCAACUGCCAAGAAAGAGUGAAAAGUGAAGCAGCGGACAAAAUGGAAUACCAGAUGAUAGCAAAACCAGGUGCCGGCCAAUUCAUUGUGUGAUCUAAUUCGUUGUCCUGGCCACUUGACAAGGUUUUUAAUUUUUCCUGUAUCUUGGAGAUCAAGGUACAGCUUCUGCUUGUAACUGUAGCAUGUCUUGUGUUUAUGCUGAGCGCGUCAUAAAAGGAAUGAAAGGGACUACUUCGCACAUUUUUUGGAAAAAGUUCUGGAAAAAAACAUAAAUAGUUAAAAACACGUCUACCCUUUGUAGUAUUGCUAAAUAGUACACGUAGAUUUUCUCA